AUUACAUCAUAUUUUAAUUAAAGUGAUACACGUACGGACGCAGACAGUAAAUUUACAAUGAAUAUUAAAUUAUUAAUAAGUUUAUUCUCGUUUGUAUUAACAUGUGAUUGUUAUAAAAUUUUGAUUGUAUUUACGACUCCUAUGAAAAGUCAUAAUAUACUUGGAGAGGCUGCAGCGGAGUUAUUGUUGAAUGCUGGCCACGAGGUCACAUACGUGACGCCCUUCCCAAAAGAAUCUGUUCCCGAUAAGAUGCGCCAGGUAGAUGUAACUUACAUCGGUAAAAUAGGUUUGUUUGAUUUAAAGGGGUAUCUUAAAAAUGACACUGUUAAACCAAUGUCUCUACGUAAAAUAUCAUACUUCAUGCAUGACGUGAACGUAAAAGCCAUACAGAAUGAGAAUCUACAGCAACUUUUAAACGACCCUAGUCAACGAUUUGACGCAGUCAUCGUCGAUUGGUUGUUCAGUGAAAUUUUCGUAGGGCUAGCAUCAUUGUAUGAUUGUCCAUUGAUUUGGAUGUCGACUAUGGAUCCGCACUGGCAAAUCUUGAGACUGGUAGACGAGAUGCCCAAUCCUGUAUUUCUGGGCCGUUGUUUCCUUGAUAGAAUUGUGCCAUUUCGUUUUUGGGAACGGACCCAAGAGUUACUUUAUCAGAUCUCAUCGUUGUUCUUUAAGGAUAUAGAGUUCUUUAGUGAAGAGGAUGCUGCGUUUAAAAGAUUGCUCGGUCCCGUAUUCGCUAGAAAGAAGAAACCCCUACCUUCAUUUAAUGCAGUGAGAUACAAUGCUUCGUUAGUGCUGAGUAAUUCACACCAUUCAAUAGGUUACCCUGUAAAACUGCCGCCCAAUUUUAUAUCAAUCGGAGGUUUUUUUAUCGAUGACAAGAAACAGCGUCUGUCUUUGGAUUUACAAACAAUAAUGGACAAUGCCAAGCACGGUGUCAUAUUAUUUAGCUUAGGGAGCAAUUUGAAAAGUAAGGAUAUGCCGGAACAUCUCGUUCGAAGCCUUUUAAAUGUAUUCAGCGAACUGAAACAAAUAGUUAUCUGGAAGGUCGAAGAACAAAUAGCUGAUCUACCUCAAAAUGUUCAUGUUUUGAAAUGGUUGCCGCAGCAGAGUAUUUUAGCUCAUUCAAACUGUAUUCUCUUCAUUACCCACGGAGGAUUGUUGUCGAUUACCGAAGCAUAUCAUCACGGGGUACCUUUAAUAGGAAUUCCGGUGUUCGCUGAUCAAUUUAAGAACGUUAAUCUGGUUUCAAAGAAGGGCUUCGCGAAGAAAGUUGAUCUCACCUACAAUUUGCCGGGUGACUUAAAACAUGCAAUCAAUGAAAUUUUACAUAACAAACGGUAUCUUGAACAAGCCAAGCUGUGGUCAGAAAUAUUCCACCAUAGAUCAGUAAAUCCUAGAAAAGAACUGGUACACUGGGUCGAACAUGUUAUUCACACUCGUGGAGCCACUUAUCUACGAUCUCCGGCAUUGGACGUGCCUUUAUACCAAAAGAUGUAUUUGGACCUUUUGGGCCUAGUUAUGCUAGUUUUGAUGGCAUUAACAUUCUUAAUUAAGAAUGUGAUAAAAUUAUUUAUGGUUCGGGGUAUAGUACACGAGAAGAUGGAAUGAAAGAUUUAGUAAUAUUUUCUAAAUUCUAAA